AUUGAAAAGAAUUUCACUGACUGACAUUUAGUCUAGUGCCGUUUUUGGUUGCAGUCGUGCGACGGACAGUCACCGGAAAAAAUAAUUUUAUAUAUUGAAAAUAUCAAUUGAGAGAGCAAAAGCAAAACAAAAUUAACACACAUGAAAUCGUUAUAAAUUUUAAUUAAAUUUAACUAAAGUUUAAAAGUAAAAGCGAACUAAACGUUUAAUUUUAAUGUUACUGAGUAGCUCAGAAAAGUUCUAAUUCAAUACGUGGUACACAACAAUUGUGCACAGUUAAUUAUUAUCGCCGCCUCAAGCCGCAGUUUGACGACAUUUCUUUUCGCCGGCUAUCAACAACCGAAGAUUUACAUAUACAUAUAAUAUAUAUUAUAUGUAAUUGUGGGUAGCGGCAAGCAGUAGAGCGCUGUAUUAUAAAAACAAGUAAAAGUUUAAUAUAUAUAGCAGAAGUGUAGAAUAAAAUAACAAAAUAAGUGCUUAAUAAACGGUUUAAAAAAAACCAACGCCCGCUUGACGACCCCUGAUAACGUACCACGGUUAAACUCUGUGCCAAUAAACGUAAAGUUCGGCGCUUGAAGCACCAACUUACACAAAAGUCAAGCAAGCGACAAAACAAAAAAACAAAAAAAAAAAACAAGAACAACAACAAAAAUGGAAGGAUUUUAUGAUGGCGAUUUGAAAGAUAUAUGGGAUUCCGAUUUAGAUCCGACGGAAUCUCUGAAAAUCUCCACAGAUUCGGAUCUACAUGAUUGGUUCAUGGAACGUGAUAUGAAAGAUCCGGCUGUUAUGAUACUAAAUGACAAACUGAUGUCAGAUGCUCUAUUCAAUUUGCAGCCGAUUAAGUCGGAACACUCAUAUAGUUUAAAUAGUGAUGGCGAUUCAUUGCCAGAUUCACCACAUAGCCUGCAGACGAAAAUGGAUGACAUGGAAGACGAGUGCUAUCCCGCAAUUUCGCUGAAAACCGCAACCAGCAAUAUAGCACGCACACGGCACGAUGUAGACAUCACCAACAUUGUUGACCCCAAGUGCUUGGCCAUAUCGGUGAACUGUGAUGAUACGCCAAUGGAAUUGGCUACACUAGAGCCCAACAGUCACACUACCAGCAGCUCUAGCAAAUUAGCAACUAACACAUUGCUCACCACCGCCGCUACCUCCAGCACACCCACAACUAGUGGUACAUUGAGCAUACCCGCCAGCAACGCAAACGGCAGUGGUAUACUCACUGCAAACACCACUACCCGCCAAUCUGCUACAGCGUUGCCAUUACGCUACACACAUGCCGGCAUCUAUGCGAGCCUCAGCAAGAUCAACACCACCGCACCGAUGACGUUUAAUCUGCGCACCGCUGAAACGUCCAGUGGCACCAGCAGCAGCAGCUGUAGUUCCGGUUACGGCGGCAGCAACACGACUACAAUUACACUUAGCAAACCCGCCGCUACACAACAACAACAACUGCAGCAACAGUCACACCUCCAACAGUACUUACCUCAGGCGGCGGCGGUGAGCACAGUCUUCGAACCGAGUAGCUGUCGUACGCCGUCAACGGCACGCGAAGGUAGCUCUUCGCCGGACAUCUGUUCGGACAUCGAAAUCGAUGAGUCGGCCAUUAAGGAUGAGCCCAUGUCGCCCGAUUCCAGUUGCCCGCCCAGCCCCAAUUCGCCGGAAUGCAUAACAAUGGCGAAAAUCUCAAAAUUAACCGCGCGCACCAACUCCGAUCUCGUCUUUGAGCACAAGAACGGUUGCCUGCAACUCACACCCGCCUCACAGAGCUUACUCAAAGCGCAACAACUCGGCUUGAAUACCAGCACAUCCGGCAAUAAUGGUCAAAACAUUGUAAUGCCCAAAUUGAAUAUUAAGUCGGAGUCUAGCUAUACUGGUGUUGGUGCCUCUAUCAAGCAUAACGGUCAAUAUGGUCUGCCAUUGACGCCACCCUCCUGCUCGUCAAGUGAUGGUGAUUCCGAAGGUAAUUUAACACCGGAACAUUUACUAUCACCACUUUCGCCCAACACUUCAGUUUCUAUAUCUGUGGCCAACCCUGCAGUCAUUACACCCGUUGCCUUGCAUGCCGCGAAUGUGCGCCGUAGUGCCAGUAGCAGCAGCUCAUCAUCGCCAUCAUCCGCCUCGUCGUCGACAUCGUCACUGCAUGCAGCCGGUCGACAUGCGUCUGGCGGAACAAGCGGUUCCACACGUCAGCCGAUACAUACCCCGCUCAUUAGCUCACAGCCGAAAGGUUCAACUGGCGUACUUAUCUUAACCGAGGAAGAGAAACGCACGCUACAAGCGGAAGGCUAUCCAAUCCCGCAGAAGCUACCACUUACCAAAGCGGAGGAGAAGUCGCUCAAGAAAAUACGAAGAAAAAUCAAAAAUAAGAUUUCUGCACAAGAGAGCCGUCGCAAAAAGAAGGAAUAUAUGGAUCAAUUAGAGCGUCGCGUCGAAAUACUUGUCAAUGAGAAUAAUGAGCAGCGCAAACGUUGUGACGCAUUGGAGCACACGAACGCCAAUCUACUAAGUCAAUUGCACAAAUUGCAAGCGAUGCUGAAUAAACAGAGCAGCAAGAAGAACGCUUAAACGUUUGUUGAGAGUGAGAGCACGCGGGCGAUGGGAAUACAAAAUGGAAACAUUUUCGCAAGAAAUUCAGCUUUUUUCACACCGCUAACAAUGAAAUGAAUUUAUUGAGCUGCAGCCAAUUAAGAUGAUGCUAAAAAUGUAGCAAAAUUGGUAAACAAAAUAUUUUUUUUUUUAAUUUUUUUAUAUUAUAUAAAAUUAAAUGUUAGGCGCGUGAAUGUGUGCGUUUUUAAGUUAGAGUUUCUAAUAGCGGUAGUUUACAUAUUUUACGAGAUAUUUACACUGUUUGAAGCUAGCAUUUUUUAUGUAAUAUGUAUAUGUGCAUAUAUACAUAUAUAUAUAUAUAUGUAUUUGCUUUUUAUGAGAACAUGUUUAAAUGUAUGCAGCAUUUUUUAUACAUAACAUAUUAUUGUAUAGUAAGAGUAAAUAUAUUUACAUGUACUUAGUGUGUAAGUGAACGGGCUGGACAGGCUGUAAAAAAGAUUUUUUAUAAGUAUACAUACAUACAAUAAUUGCUGUAUUAUGAAAACAAAAAAGAAUCAACGUGCAUUUCGUAUUGUAAAUCAAUACUAUAUAUUUACAUGAAAACGAAUUUUGACCAAAAAAUUACUUAAUGCAACAUUUAAUAUAUUAUAUAGUUAGAUACUACAACUACAUACAUACAUACUACAAAGUACCAUUAAAUAAGCCACUUAAAGUGCUUUACUUAUUGCAUAUAUAGAUGGCUUUAUAUCGUUUAAUUAAGUGUAUAGUAGAAAAGUCCAGCCUCACAGUCCAUGCCAAUUUCGAAAUCCAUCUAGUAGUAUAGUGCAAGUCCAAGUUUUAUAACAAUUACAUAUACAUAUAUACAUACAUUUAAAUUAAUUUGUAAAUAAUAAAUGUUAAUAAAAAUUAGCAACAUUCCACUAUUUAAACUAAAUAUUUUAUUAAUUAAUUAUAAAAAAAUUUAUUAUAUAUAAAAAUUUAUUAUGUAUAAAAAUUAAUUAUUAUAAAAAAAUAUAAUUGUAAUUAAUUUUUUGAUGUGCGUUAUUAAUUAAAAAUUAUUAAAAAAUUUAUAACAAAUAUUUUUGCACAAUUUUUCGCUAUAAGUUUUAAAAGUUCUAACUAAAAUUAUUAUUAUUUUACUUUUUUUUUUACUUAUGCUCAACAACAAAAAAAAAAUGUUUAUAAAAAGCGUUACUCUCCAAUUUCAAAAGCUGCACUUGAAGUUAUUAAUUGCGUACACACAUAUAUAUAUAUAAUAUACAUGCAUAUAUCAGCCAAAUGUGAAUUUUUAGUAAUUAUACUUUAAGCGCAAUUAAUAUUUUUUUCUGUAAUAAUAGCUUUGGCUAUAAUAAAAUUAUAGCAAUAAAAUUAUGCGCUAUUUUUACGUAACAGCAUACAAGUAAUUGCAAUUAAAUUAAAUAUUAGUUAAAAAUGUAAAAUAAUUAUUAAAUUUUUAUAAGUUUGCAAUAUGUAUUUUAAGUUUUUUUUAUAGCACUUUUUCCGCUUGCAUGACAUUUUAUGCUUAAAGCUCACAACAACAAUAUUACGUACUUCCACUAAUAUUAAUUAAUUUAAUUGCUUUAUUAUAUAAACACAGUUAUUUUUACAUUUAAAUACAACAACAACAAGCUCUAUAUUAAGCUUAAAUUUAAAAAGUUUAAUUUUAAUGCAAAAUCUCGCAUUUUCUCUUUAAUUCUCAUUUAAGCAAUUUCAUAAGCAAACAACCGUCAUUUAAAAGCUAAAAUAACAAUAUUUUUGCCUCGCUUUAUGCCAAUAUAAUAGACAUACAUACAUACAUAACUACAUGGAAGAAAAUAUUUAAGCAACAUGUUUAACAUUCGCAAAAGUCAAAGUUUUUGUAAAAAUUUAGUCAGCACAAAACUUAUUAUGGUAAAAAAUCGCAAGAAUAUUAUGUUUUAAUAAUAUUUGUUGCUUCGAAUCUGUGUUAAAAAUAUAUAUAAUAUAUAUUUUUAGCAUGUAUUAGGAGGCAUGUUUUCAGGCUUUUGAGUUUAGAAAAACUAUCCAAGUUGUAUCAAUAGGCAGGCAGCACAACACAAGCGUCAAAGUAUACUUUGGUGAAAGCUCGAAAGCUUUCACGAAAAGCUUUACAUUAGCUUUGUCGUUUUACGAAAAUCAUACACGGCAUCUACAUCAUAUUUUUAACAUAAAAUGAAGCAAAAUUUAGGUGAAAGCUUGAAAGCUUUCACGAAAAGCUUUACGUUUACUUAGCUUUGCCGACUUUCGAAAAUCAUACACGAAUUAUAUAUUCGGCAAUACGUCGCUGCCUUAACCGCAAUUAAGUUUAUAUAGUCUACUACGAGUACUACCUUAAUUUCCUAUGGAAAUUUCAAAGCCCAUUAGGUUUUUCUUUGUGCACAAAAGCGCGCCAACGCCAUUGCCGAAAAUAAAUAAAUCAGAGUUAAGCGUAGUUUCUACAGUUGCUGCUGUAGCGAAGCGUAAAUUUCAUAAAAAAAAACAGCCCAAGCGCGUCUUUAUAUGUAAAUUCGGCUCAUUUUCCGCGUGCUACGUCAUUUUAGCUCUCGUACAGGCGCUUUCAGCUGCUGCUGUGCGGAAGACACAUUUUCUAGUCUUUGAAUUUCUGCUAGGAAAGUAUGGGUGUUUAACGGUUUAAAUUAAACCAAUUUGUUUGGCUUUUUCAAACGCUUCUCUCUAACACUAAACCAAGCCUCGUAAAAAAAUAUGUGCAAUAAUUUCGACUAAAUGUAUUUAUUAGUAGCAAAAAAAUAAAAAUAAAAAAUACAAACUGACUAAAUUUAGUGAAUGUUAAGCGUGAUUUGUUUGGCAUAUUGUUCCUUUAUUCAUAGACAAUGAAAGUCAGAGUUGAUUACUUGAAAAAUAUGCAAAGUAAAUGCAAAAAGUUGAGAGUAAAUGUGAAAUUACGCGUGAAAUUUAAGUUCAAAUUAAAUAAAAUUUCAUUAUGCUGUGCUUUUUUUUAAAGCUUUUAAAAGCUGCUUAAGUAAAAAUUUAUUAAUUUUUUCAACUAGCCACGAGAUAAACGUAAAUUUUUAU